AUGAAAAAUGAUGAUAUAACAAUCCAAAUAAAUGUGGAUUAAAUUCACAGAAAUUGUAAUAGAAAUUGAACGGCAUUGAGAUGAUAUUAGGCUCAAUUUCAAGAGUUUGGUGGAAACAAAUUGUAUGGCUUUUCCAAUCAGUGUUGACGUUGAUGCCGCGUGGAGCCCAGAAGUCGAAGAAGGAGAAAGUCUAUUACUGCACCGCCUUGCGGAAGGCGGUAGCGGUGGUUUAGUUUUUUUUUUUUUUUUUUUAAUUAGCCUACCUUAUCUUUCUUAUUACCCCCCUCGUUUUUCUGUUUUUAUUUUUUUUCCUUUUGAAGAGAUCUGUGAUACCAAUUAAUAUGGCAGAUGCACUUCUUUCAGCUCUUGCAAGUACAAUCUUGACAAACCUGAAUUCUUUAGUAUUGGGUGAGUUUGCAGCUGCUUGUGGGUUGAGAGCUGAACUCAACAAUCUUGAAAGCACUUUUACUACUAUCCAAGCUGUUCUCCAUGAUGCAGAGGAGAAGCAGUGGAAGAGUGAGUCCAUCAAAAAUUGGUUGCGAAAGCUCAAGGAUGCAGCUUAUGAAGCUGAUGAUCUUCUUGAUGAGUUUGCCAUACAAGCUCAAAGGCGUAGGCUGCCAAAAGAUCUAACAACACGUGUAAGAUCUUUCUUUUCUCUUCAAAAUCCUGUUGUUUUUAAAGUGAUGAUGUCCUAUAAGUUGAGGAAUCUUAAGGAGAAGUUAGAUGCCAUUGCUAGUGAAAGGCAUAAGUUCCACUUAAGAGAGGAAGCUAUUAGGGAUAUAGAAGUUGGUAGCUUAGAUUGGCGACAGACCACUUCUCUUGUUAAUGAGUCAGAAAUCAUAGGGAGAGAUAAGGAAAAAGAGGAGUUAAUCAAUAUGUUGCUGACCAGUUCAGAAGAUCUUUCUGUUUAUGCUAUAUGCGGCAUGGGAGGACUUGGAAAGACUACACUUGCUCAACUUGUCUACAAUGAUACAACUGUAAAAAGGCUUUUUGAUAUGAGAAUUGGGGUUUGUGUGUCUGAUGAUUUUGACUUAAGGAGGUUGACGAGAGCCAUUCUAGAGUCCAUUGAAGGCUGCCCUCCUAACUGUCAAGAGAUGGAUCCCUUGCAACGACAGCUCCAAGAAAGGUUGAGUGGAAAGAAAUUCUUGCUUAUGCUGGAUGAUGUGUGGAAUGAGUCCAGUGAUAAGUGGGAUGGGAUAAAGAAUAUGAUACGUUGUGGAGCUACAGGAAGUGUUGUGACAGUAACUACCCGUAAUGAGAACAUUGCUCUAAUGAUGGCCACAACACCUACAUAUUACAUUGGAAGAUUGUCAGAUGAUGAUUCCUGGUCUUUGUUUGAGCAAAGGGCGUUUGGAUUGGAAAGAAAAGAAGAGUUUCUACAUUUGGAAACCAUAGGAAGAGCCAUAGUCAACAAGUGUGGAGGAGUUCCUCUAGCAAUUAAGGCCAUGGGAAGCUUAAUGCGACUCAAAAGAAAAAAGAGUGAAUGGUUAUCUGUCAAGGAAAGUGAGAUGUGGGAGUUAUCAAAUGAAAGGAACAUGAAUGUUUUACCUGCUUUGAGGUUAAGUUAUAAUCAUUUAGCACCACAUCUGAAACAAUGUUUUGCAUUUUGCUCAAUAUUUCCAAAGGAUUUCCACAUAAAGAAGGAAAAAUUGAUAGAACUAUGGAUGGCAAAUGGCUUCAUUCCUUGCCAAGGAAAAAUGGAUUUGCACGACAAGGGCCAUGAGAUUUUUUAUGAAUUAGUAUGGAGGUCAUUUCUUCAAGAUGUGGAAGAGGAUCGUCUAGGCAACACUACAUGUAAAAUGCAUGAUCUUAUCCAUGAUCUUGCACAAUCUAUGAUGAUAGAUGAGUGCAAGUUGAUCGAGCCCAACAAGGUCUUACAUGUCCCAAAGAUGGUUCGUCACUUAAGCAUUUGUUGGGAUUCGGAGCAAUCUUUUCCUCAAAGCAUCAACCUCUGCAAAGUUCAUUCGUUGCGUUCAUUCCUUUGGAUUGAUUAUGGAUACAGGGACGACCAGGUGUCUUCCUACUUGUUUAAGCAGAAGCAUUUGAGAGUCUUGGAUUUACUCAAUUACCAUCUGCAAAAACUACCAAUGUCAAUUGACAGGUUGAAACACUUGAGGUAUUUAGAUUUUUCAUAUUCAAGCAUCAGAACUCUACCAGAAUCAACAAUCUCCCUCCAAAACUUGGAGAUACUGAAUCUUAAACAUUGCUAUAAUCUCUGCAAAUUACCGAAAGGUUUGAAGCACAUUAAAAAUCUCGUAUAUCUUGACAUCACUAAUUGUGAUUCACUUAGCUAUAUGCCUGCUGAAAUGGGAAAAUUGACUUGUCUGAGAAAGCUCAGCCUCUUCAUUGUGGGAAAAGACAAUGGCUGCCGCAUGGAGGAGCUGAAAGAAUUGAAUCUUGGGGGAGAUUUAAGCAUCAAGAAGCUUGAUUAUGUUAAAAGUUGUGAAGAUGCCAAGAAUGCUAAUUUGAUGCAGAAGGAGGAUCUUAAAUCAUUAAGCCUAUGUUGGUCAAGGGAAGGAGAAGACAGUAGCAACCUAUCAGAAGAGGUUCUUGAUGGCUGCCAACCCCAUUCAAAUUUAAAGAAAUUGAGCAUAAGGAAAUAUCAAGGUUCAAAAUUUGCAAGUUGGAUGACGGACUUAAGUCUCCCCAAUCUAGUGGAAAUUGAGCUUGUUGAUUGUGAUAGAUGUGAACACCUUCCGCCAUUUGGGGAACUGAAGUUCCUCGAGAUUCUCGUAUUGAGAAAAAUAAAUGGUGUGAAGUGUAUUGGAAGUGAGAUAUACGGGAAUGGAAAAAGUUCAUUCCCAUCAUUGGAGAGUUUGAGUCUCGUUUCUAUGGAUAGCUUAGAGGAAUGGGAAAUGGUGGAAGGUAGAGAUAUUUUUCCAGUCCUAGCAAGCUUGAUUGUCAAUGAUUGUCCUAAAUUGGUGGAAUUACCAAUCAUACCAUCGGUUAAAACAUUACAAGUUUGUUGGGGAAGUGAAAUCUUGGUCAGGUCAAUUCAGAAAUUUAAUUUCAUUAUCAACCUAGUCUUUUUUGGCUACAGGGAGUUGACACAUCUUCCCGAUGCACUGUUGCAAAACCAUUUACUACUUGAGGAUCUACAAAUUGGUAGCAUGUGGGGUGUCAAGUCAUUGUCAAAUCAACUAAAUAAACUAUCUGCCCUGAAAAGGUUGAGCCUUGACACUUUUGAAGAACUUGAAAGCAUGCCAGAGGGUAUUUGGAGCCUCAACUCAUUGGAGACACUAGAUAUACGUAGCUGUGGAGUUAAGUCCUUCCCACCAAUCAAUGAAAUCCGUGGCUUAUCUUCUCUUCGUCAGCUAUCCUUUCAAAAUUGUAGAGAAUUUGCUGUUCUUUCAGAGGGAAUGAGAGAUCUGACGACGCUCCAGGAUCUGCUUAUUAAUGGAUGUCCAAAGCUGAAUUUUUUGCCAGAGAGUAUCGGACAUCUCACUGCUCUCCGGGAACUGCGAAUUUGGCAUUGUGAGGGAUUGUCUUCUCUCCCAACUCAGAUAGGAAAUCUCAUUUCUCUUUCACUUCUGAAAAUCUGGCAUUGCCCUAAUUUGAUGUGUUUACCGCAUGGCAUAAGUAACCUGAAGAACCUGAAUGCACUUGAAAUUAAAAAUUGCCCAAAUCUGAAGAGGCGAUGUCAGAAAGAUAGAGGAGAGGAUUGGCCAAAAAUAGCUCACAUACCUGUCAUCCGCAUUAAAGAUUGAUAGUGAUCAUGGAAAUCUGUAGUUAAAAUAGUGUUGUCAUUUAUAUGUUGCAGCUGCAGAACUGACUGCCAUUGCAAUGCUGCUACAUGAAUUUUAUUUUAUUUUUUGUUUCCAUAGCAAUCAGCGACUCUGUAUUCAGCAGCACAAGAUUUUCUGACAGUCUACUACAAUCUUUGUCUGGCUGUUCGGCCCAGUUACAGAAGCUAAAACAAGUUGGGAAUCCUUGUAUCUUACUGUUUUCUUAUAUUAGCAUUGCAACCAUGGUGCACUAGCACAAUAAAAAGCCGAGGGAAGUACUACUUACAGCUUAGUGAAAGAUGGGGAUUGUCGAAUUCGGGAGGAAGUAAAUUGGGUAAUGCAGAGUGAAAGGAAACAAGAAGUGGUUCAAUAGGAAGAAAGAGUUGUGGCAGUUGAAAAGGUUGUUAAUGGCUGCAGCUAUUGCUUUGGGUGCAGAUAGUUCUGAUUCUGAAUUCUUGAUAAUUCCAUAACUCAUAUAUGAUUUCUUGA